ACUUGCAGUGACGACGUGCGACAAGCUAAGCAGCGACGACGAGGCCUUUUCCGGUGUUCGUGUUGUUAGUGGUGCACGUGUCUAAAGUGUAACAAAAUUGAAUUGAAAGCUAAUUAUUAUUGAAUGGAUAAUUCCUAGUGUUUAAAGUAAAUCAACCAUUCAAAUUCUUUAAUUUGUCGAGUGCUACAUACUAGGAAGUAAGAAAAUAUGGUGGGGUCACGUGUUUAUGUCGGCGGUCUACCGUUCGGCGUCCGAGACAGGGACUUGGAGAAGUUUUUCAAAGGUUUCGGAAGGAUAAGGGAUAUCCUUAUCAAAAACGGCUAUGGAUUUGUGGAAUUUGAGGAUUAUCGAGAUGCAGAUGACGCAGUUUAUGAACUUAACGGAAAAGAACUACUAGGAGAAAGGGUGGUGGUGGAGCCGGCCAGGGGCAUCGACCGCAGCGCCGACCGUUACCGGCGCGACCGCUACUACGAGCGCGACCGCGGCCGGUCGCGAUACGAUGACUACAGUUACAGAUACGGCCCGCCGACGCGCACCGAGUAUCGACUAGUCGUCGAAAAUUUGUCUAGCCGCAUCAGCUGGCAGGACUUGAAGGAUUACAUGCGUCAAGCUGGUGAAGUCACUUACGCUGACGCUCAUAAGCAGCAUAGAAACGAAGGUGUGGUAGAGUUUGCCACCCAUUCUGAUAUGCGCGCGGCUAUUGAGAAGCUGGAUGGAACGGAACUGAACGGACGACGAAUCCGUCUGAUUGAGGCUAGACGUGGCUCUCGCCGCCGCACUCGCUCCUCUUCAAGUCGCAGCCGAUCCCGCUCCCGUGACCGCAGACGCAGCCGAUCCAGGUCUCGCUCCCGUCGCUCCUCCCGUAGCCGCUCUCGCUCCAAAUCUAGGCCAAAGAGCAAGAGCCCAGUCGUCAAGUCCCGCAGCAGAUCCAGAUCCAAGGAUCGCAGUCGUUCGAAGUCGCGGUCUCGCUCGGCGUCCCGUAGAUCUGACCGUCGGUCGGCCUCCCGUAGAUCUGACCGUCGCUCGGGGUCUCCGCGGCCCUCGGCGGAGAGGAACGGCGGGAAGUCGGCCUCCAGGUCUAAGUCCCGAUCACCGAAAGCUGCCUCCAAGGAAAGGUCUCGCUCUCGCAGCAAGGAGGCGUCGCCGAAGCGUGAGGAAGAACGUCGCCCGAGCAAGUCUCAGUCUCGCUCCCGUUCCCGCUCUCGGUCCAGGUCCCGCGACCGCUCGGCUUCUCGCGAUCAAUCCGCCUCUCGAUCGCGCUCUGGAUCACCGCGACAGAAUGGCGACGCGCAAGACCGCGCAAGUACAGAUAGGUCGCCGCGUAGUGGUGACUAGAGCGACCCUAGUUGUAAGCUUCAUAGAUUUAUUUGUCUAUAGUUUUAACAAGUUCGUGACCUCAACUAUAGUAACAAUAUUGUUCUUUCUGAUUCUUAGCAUCCAUAUCAAUAUUGAAAGUAAACUAGUUUUCACUACUUUUAGUAGCACUUUAUAUAGUUAGGAUACUUUUCAGGUGUUAACCGAAAGCUUCAUGUUGAAGUUUGGGUGUAACAUCUAAUCUGUUAUAUCUCCAAACAUUUUUAAUAAUAGAAUACUUAGAAAUUGUUGUAUAAGUGCAAUUAAUUUGGUAUCAUAAAUCUGAUCUCCAUCAGCAUAAAGUACAAUGUCUCACUAUAACAUUCUUACACUAUCUAGCUAAUCUAGCAUUAUGCUAAUGCUUUGUUGAAGUCACGAUGGUUGAAUAUAAGAUUCUUAUAUUGUGCACCGUGUUUGAUAUUUUUUGUCUCACACGAGUGAUAGAUGUCUUUGUCUAUAUAUAGGUUAUUUAGGGUCGCUUUAUGGGCUAGUGGGCAAAUGGAUACUUAUUUAUGUAAGUAAACAAUUUUACUGAAUUCUUGACUGUGUAAUAAUUUAAUUUUGUUAAUUGUGUUAAAAAUGAUGUAUAAUUUUUAUUUUCUGUAAGUCAUUUGAUGCAUUUUUGUCUAAAAAGAUAGUGGUGUGUCAGUAUUUGCCCAUACUUUAAGUGAAAGUAAAAAAGUUUGACGAAAUUUUCUAAUUACCUAUUUUUUUGGUAAAAGAUGUAACUACAUAAGAUUUAAUUCUACAUCUCUAAGACAAUUCUACUUGGUAGGCUAAUUUUGUAAAUAGUAUAUUUGUUACUAAUAACCAAAUAAUAAAUAAGGCUAUACCAAUUUUA